GACCCAUCUAUGUUCCGCAGCCGUCUAUUGACCUCUCGCUUGCUCGCUCGCCUUUCUUCAGGUGAGCAUGCGCGUGGAGCUUAGAGUGCCUUAGCAACCAAAGCGGUAGACGGUAGCAACCGGAAUCCUAAUAAUGGAAGACCAUUCAUUGGAGAAAAGACCUGAAUAGUUCAUGCAGGCUGUUUUUUAUUCAGGAAUCCUCUGAGUGUUGGGAAUCACCUUCAGUAGAAUGGCAAAAGCAACAACUAUUAAGGAAGCUCUAGCUAAAUGGGAAGAAAAAAAUGGCCAGAAACCAUCAGAGGCCAAGGAAGUAAAACUUUAUGCCCAGGUUCCUCCUAUAGAGAAGAUGGAUGCAUCUCUUUCAUCUCUUGUUAACUGCGAAAAGCUGUCCUUAUCUACAAAUUGUAUUGAAAAAAUCGCCAACUUGAAUGGACUGAAAAACCUGCGGAUUUUGUCAUUGGGAAGAAAUAACAUAAAGAAUCUUAAUGGACUGGAGGCAGUUGGAGAUACAUUAGAGGAAUUAUGGAUAUCCUACAACCAGAUUGAGAAAUUAAGAGGACUGCAUGUGAUGAAGAAGCUGAAGAUUCUCUACAUGUCCAAUAAUCUGCAUGCUGCUCCGAUUCUGACUGGAUCUUUCUGUGGUUGCAGCAGAGUUUGUGAGGCUGGCAGACUUGCCAUUACUGGAGGAUCUGGUGUUUGUAGGCAAUCCUCUGGAAGAGAAAUACUCUGCAGACUCGCAGAGCGCUUGGGUCGAGGAAGCGACGAAGAGAGUGCCCAGACUGAAGAAACUUGAUGGUAUUCCUGUUAUUAAACAGGAAGAAGGUGAUGAAGGAGAAAACUAACCCAACUUCUCCUUAACUCUUAAAUUAUUGAUGUAUUUCCAGCACUAAACAGUAUGUGAAGCUUUUGUAUAAACUUGUCUUUGAAGAAGAUCCUGGGUGACAUUUUUAACUGGAUCAUCCCCAUGUUCUCCUUUCUCACCCAAAGAGAUCUUUACCAAAACUGGGGCAACAUUACAUGACUAGACUGUCCUUCACUUUUUUUAGCUGUGGAGAUUUAACUUUUUGUUAAGCAAUCCUUGAAAGAACAGAUUUAUUUUUAUUUUUUAACACUUAGGUUCAGUUUUCUUAAUUAUGAACACAUUUUCUAAAGCAUUUGUUCAGUAGACUUUUUUAAUUAUUUGAAAAGGGAGUGUGGUAUUUUGUAUUGAACUGUGUGUGUGUGUUAAAUCUGAUAUUUCUUUUCUAAAGAAAGGCCCUGAAACCCAUCAUGGUCUGAAGGUUUUGCAGAAUCUCACCUUUUCCUUCUCACCUGUUACAUUAAUUAUAGCCAUACAGGCAUUGGUAUCAGUUUUGCCUGUUACAAAAGAAAAUUCAUGAUACAAAAAAAAGAAAAUAAAACACAUUGGUGGUAGAUGGUCCAGAGCUUACCAUGUUGAACUACAUACCUUUAACAUUCUGGAAGUAAUUUACUUUAAAAAAAUAUAGAUAUAUACAGUGUUAUAUACAAGCAAUGCAUUUAUUUAGACGAGUCACUUCUUUCCAAAGCACCAGUUUGAUGUGGUGCACUGGCUUGUGUUAUGUUUUAAGAAACAUGAUACUUCAGAGCUGAACAAUAGUUCUUGCUGUUGCCCUGAAUGUUCCCCAGUAGCCAGGUCCUUUAUCUGUCUGGAAUCUGAUUGUAAUCUAAGGAGGGGCAGCUGUCUAAGCUGGCAUCUUAGUUAUAAAUUAGUUUUGGUUUCAGGGUUCACUAUUUGGGGAAAAAAAGCUGAAUGAACUGCAGUUUGAAAAGAAGGGGAAGAACUUGAUGGCUGGCAAGACUUGAGAGCUCUCUGCUCACAUGGAGUAUAUUUUUUAGUUAAAUAUACACUAUAAUCCAAUAGAUCUCUUAUUUGUACCACUAAUUUGCAACCCAUUCUUAAAGAGAGUAAUGAGGUAAUGCUGUUUUCCACAGGCUCAGAGUGGCUCACAUCACAGUGUAAACAAUAAAAUUACAAAAGUAGUGCAAUAAUUAAAACCUUAUUAUUAAAAUUCUAACUAUAAAAUUCAAGCGGUGCCCUUUGUUAAAGUUUGAUAAACUGACAGGGACCACCAGCAAAGGAUGCGAGGGAGAAAAAGGAAAGGAAGAGGAAGGCAAACUGAAAAUAACGGACAACUAAAAAAUGUAAACAAAAACGGGUACAGAGGCCAGUGAGAUAUAACCAUCGCUGCCUCAACCAUAGGUCUGAUUGAGGGGGAAAGUGAUUUUGAGAGGGAAAGUGAUAGGUUCAUCUAGAAUUUGACCCCUGAAUUACUCUUUUUCUAUGAUUAUGCAAAUUGAUUUUACUUUUGAAAUCCAAAAUUAACUUUUAGGAUUAAUUUAUUGUCUUCAUGCUGGUUGAGUGCAUAUGCCACUGGCUUGAUUUUCCUCCUAAAAUUAAGCAUCAUAAUUCCAAAGUAUAUUUAUAUUUCACGUUAAUUGUUUCUGUAAAUAAUAUUUGGUGUACGGAGGUUAUUUUUUUUAAGUAGCUUUCAAGUCAGAUUUUAUGCUUAGCAUUCUUUUCCCAAGGAUGACCUCUGUUCCAACCUUCCUUUGAUCCUCAGCAUAGGCAGAAACCCACUUGUUGACAAUCCAGUCAGUUUCCUAUGGAUGAAUGAUUAACAGCCCCAUACAAUGAGCAGGCCAAAACCAAAAAAGCCUCCCAGCCGCUGGGAAGUCCCCACUGGGUUCAGUGGACUUUCACCCCCAUAAAUCCCAAGCCCUGGCUGUCAGUGCAACGGGGACAAUGGCUGGGAGGAAGACAACUGGCAUUGGCUCCUCCCCCUCCCAUACUCCUGGACUUCCCCCACUAAACUGACCUCGGGGAUGUUGACACAGUGUACAGCACCACUUUCCACUGCCAGGGAGGGCUGCCACCACCUGCCAGCAAAUUAACUCUGGGGAGGGCAAAUCUGGGAGGGCAAACCCACUGGCGACUGCGCCAGGGAGGGCAGGCACAGCUCCACACAGCUCCCACCAGUGGAUUCACACACACACACCCUUUGGAUGGGGUUGAAAGGCUCAUCUCUCCUGGCCCAGGGUCAGUGUUUGUUUGUUUUUAAGACAGUAAAACACUUUGUGGGAAUGGUGUUCCAUGCCCAAAAAUGUAUUAGCUUACGGGAGACAGGAGAAGUGGUGGACAAUCAGCACUGGAGUGAGAGACCCUCGCAAUGUCUGACCGUUAAAAUAAUGGGUACUAUUUUAUAAUUAAGAUGUAGCAAUCCUAUUGAUCAGUCACAGCUCAAAAGCAUUGCUGCCAGUUUGUACAUAGCCUCCCGCAAAAUUACUUACAACAAGUAACAGUUGCCUCCAGGUGAUCAGGCAAGAAAACUGGAACAAUUACUUCUCCCCUCCCUGCCCCCCCCCCCCACCUUCCUUUCAGGCAACCAGUAUGUCCCAAAAGACCAUCUAACUAUGCACUGGUAGAGAGGCUAGUAAAAACUAUAUGGGCCAGUAAGUCUUGUGGACUUGUUUGCAGCUACACCUGUUGGGGCAGGAGUGAAUUAUUUUAGUAGUCAAAUCUUAAGCUUUUCAAACACACCUGCUAAUAAACAUUCCUCUCAGCUAUAUGUUUCUGUGCUUCUGCAAGUUUUUUGGGACCAUCAUAAUUACUUAUGUUUACUGUACAUCAAUAUACUGAGAAAAUGAGUUUCAAGUCUUGGUUAAUGGAUACUUUUUAAGAGAAUAUUUUCCAGUUUCUAAAUCCCAUGCUCCUGAGAAAGGAGUCGUGAACUGUCCUGUCCUCAGGAAGUCAGGUUCAUAGGGAGGCCAGUUCUUCCUUUUUGUAAUUGUUGUGAGAAUCAAACCAAGCAAGAAAGAGCAGAACUUUCUUGCUUAUUUUGAUUCUCACAACAAUUACAAAAAGUCAAAGGAGUUCUUAUGGAGGAUGUGGGAUCCUUUGAGUAAGAGCUAUACAAAAAUGGAUCUGCUGCUGGUAGCAAACUGUGAUUCUUUAAGUCUUGGUGAUGGCUCUUUUGAAAUAAUCCAUUCUGCUGUUCCAGCAAACAGUUGGUGUUUUUUGAGGGAGAUUAACUGUGAAUUAUGGAAUUGCUUCUCCUUCUACCACCUUAUUGUUGCUCAGAUCCAAUUGUUGAGAGAAAAGAGGCCUGUAAUGCUCUGCUACUUACAGCUGGCCUGUUGCUUUAGUAGAUUGCCAGCUAUUUUAAUAUAAAAGGGUCAUGGAGGAAAACUUUAGGAGGUGGAAGAGAAGAAAAAAGAAACAUCUAAAACAUGUUAUCCUUCAGGGAAUACAUGACAUGACUUUUGCUUACAAUAUGGUUGCAGUUGGAACAGAAGUAAGGAAAGAAAAAGUUCUGGAACCCCCAUUGACCAGUUGAAUCAUUCCGGUUAAAAGUUUAUGGACCAGGAGAGAUUUCUGGACCUUGAAUUCAUUUUUGAUAUACCUAGGGGGGAAAAGUGACUGUGUAGCAAUAAUGCUUGGGUGUUCAGACCACAGUUCUUCUACAAUUUUAUUUCACUUCAGUUUUGCCCCUCAGUGGUAGUUUAAUGUUUUUCCAUACACAACGUUCUUCCACUCAGGGGCCCAUUCACAUCCUGAUAAAUGUCAUGUAGCAUGAAGGGAGAGAAAACCUUGAAGCAGCUACUGGCCCAGCUUUAGCUGCUGCUAAAAGAAAUUGCCAAAGACUAGUGAGAUGGUUUGUGAGUAGGAAAAGUAUGAAAAAUCAGUAUGCAAUAAAAGAAAAACUGCUGUAACAACAAAGGAAGAGAAAUAGCUUGAGUUUUCCCAAUUUCCCAAUUAUGAAGGCUUUAAAAGAAGGACAGACUGUUUAUAGGAGAAGAAAUCCAGAAAAUGUACAAAAGAAUGAUGGGGUAUAAUCUAGACUGUAACACUUCCUAGUGAAAACAACUGUCAGUAGUAGAUCAUGUGAGAAUGUACUAUUACGAAUGCACCAUUAUUCAAGGCUCUCAGUAAACAAUGCAAGUAAUGCUAACAGGCAUUCUUGAUGGUGAAAUACCUUGUGUUCGUGUAUGCUGCAGAUCUACACAAUGGUUAAUGUUCUUCUUCAGCCACCUUUAGAAGCCAUUAUUAAACCAUUUGUUUGUCCACAUCUUUUUUUGAAAUUUAUCAAGUUUUUGUUCUGCAUUUUGUAUACAAGAAACAGUUAAUAACUGUACAUAAAUUGAUAGAGAAAACACAUCCAUCCAAGUUGUGUGAUAUAUUUUCAGAACCCAAAUUCAUGUGUUCCUUCCUUCCUUAGUGUACAUGCUAGAAGAAAAAUAUGAACCCUUUUGCUUCUGGAGCAUGUCAGUGUGCUUUUUGUGUGUAAUAUUUGAAUGGAAGAUGUGUGCAUGAAAACAUGCAGAGAACACAUGAUAGGGAGCCUUGUUUUCUACAUGUUUGAAUACACACAAUUCCUAAUUUUAUACAUACAGUGUCGUCAACACACUGUGGAAAUUCAGGGUGAUAUCUGUAGAGACUGGAGCAGUCUUUUGUAAAGUGUUCUGCAAUCUCAUGUAGUUUAAAGCUUCUAUGACCUCCAUCUCUGCAUAGAAUAGUGACAUUGUUAUCUAACAGGCAGAAUAAGAUAAGUAGCUAGCAACCUUUUCUGACUAGGCAUGAACUGAACAUCAGAACAACUGGUAUUACUGUUGAAUGAGUAAGAAUCUUUAUUAUUUAUAUAUCAGUGAAAACAUUCUUGUGCUGGAAUUGGCCCCAAACAAACCACCACUACUUGCCUUCUUGAAUGGAUUAUAUUUACUACUGUGGAACUCCAGUCACUGAAAAGGGGAUGUUUUUUGAAAGAAAAUUUUGCACUUUAAAAUUAUGCACUGGAUGUUGGUAAAGAGAAGGAAAAUAAUAACAGCUGGGUCAGCAGGUAAUUCAGAAGUCUUUCGUCGUUGCUCUAAGCUUAAACUACUCUGUCUUUCCACAUCCCUUGUGAUUACAUUACAUUAUAUAUUUUUUAUCAUGGAUGAAAAAUACCCAUGUUAAAAAAAAAGCCAUGUUGGAUCCCACUGAUGAGAAGGGUGGGUUGAAUUAUUUUGUGAAAGUGACAGCAAUUGGAGAGAGGUUGACUUGCUUUCUAGGCUGGUGUGUGACCGUUCAUGGCUACUGUAUGUAAUAAUUUAUACCAAGAUGUCAAUGGGCAUUUAAAAUAGACAGCUGUCAUUGAUGGGCCAUUUUGGCUCCACGAGAAGACUCUGCUCCUAAAACCCCACUACGGAGCGCAAUUUUGAAAUGUUUUGUGCGGUGGUAGUUUUAUAUACACACAGUAUAAUUUUGUAGCAUGACCAUAUUGUUAAACUUUAUUGUCAAGUUCUUUAGAUUUGUUUAUAAAUGUGACUUGUGAAAUAAUAAUAAAUGUUUUCUACCAGGUAA